GAAAAAAAACACAAACCCAGUCAUCUCCUCACCAAAUUUCUCAACUCAGUUCAUAUUUAUGCAAACCCAAAUAUGGAAUUCAAAGAAGAUGAAAUUUUCCCAAAACGGAGCAAAUCUACAGAAAUUCAGUCCAUUUGUAGCGAAGAUUCAGUCUUUUCAAUGCCUAAUCUUCCUGAAGAACUCAUCACAGAAAUCAUGUUAAGACUUCCGGUGAAAUCGCUUUUACAAUUCCGGUCUGUUUCAAAAUCUUGGCUUUCCUUAAUCUCUACCUCUUAUUUUGUGAAGACCCAUCUCUUAUUAUCCGCUAGUAACAAGGAUUACAUCCACCACGAAGUUAUAACUAAGGCUUCUAAUACUAGCCGCGGUGUCAAAAAUUGUUCUGUUAGCUCUUUACUUUACGAUUCUGUACCUGAGUCGUUUGAGUUGGAUAAUCCAGGUAAAAAUCCCAAUUCUUUUCCUCUCUUUGUGGGUUCGGUCAAUGGAUUGAUUUGUCUUGCUAUCAAUCUAUUUUACGGAUUAGAUUGCUUUAUUAUAUGGAAUCCAUCAAUUAGAAAGUAUAAGAAAUUGCCUUACGAGGAGCAUAUUGUUCCUUAUUUCACUUUUGGCUUUGCAUAUGAUGAAUUCGCAGAUGAUUACAAGAUAGUGGGUAUUUUCCCUAUUUAUAGUUAUGCAAGUCUUUGUCGUGUUGAGGUCAAAAUAUAUAGUCUAAAGAGUGAUUCUUGGAAACGUGUUAAAGAUUAUAAAGGUGUGGAGCUCUUGGGUGAUUUUGCUAAGUUUGUUAAUGGGAAACUCCAUUGGCUUGAUAAGCACUGGAACAUUAUUUCUAUGGAUUUGGCGGAUGAGAAAUGGGCAGAGGUAGAUCAGCCCUGCUGUUUUAAAGGAUGUGGAUUUUUGAAGCUAGGAGUGUUUGAGAGUGAUCUUUCUGUGUUUUGUAAUUACGCAUGGACUCAUGUUGAUAUAUGGGUUAUGAAGGAAUAUGGAGUAAAAGAAUCUUGGACAAAGAUGUUCACCGUCAAGUCUCCCGAAGAUUCUAUGGGACGUAUAUUUUAUCCAAUCAUUUUAAUGUCAAAUGAAGGUGAAAUUUUGCUCAAGUUUGGAUCACGUUUCAUGAAAUACAAUCCAAAGGAUGACUCUAUCAGAUAUGUAGAUGUUACUAAGUUAGCUCCAUGUCUCGAGGUACAAAUCUAUGUUAAGAGCCUAGUUUGCCCUUUUUACCAAUGAGACCACGAUUUCACCAACAACGCAGGCUGAAAUAAUUCUGAUGAAGACAAUCGUGUGACUGAUAACCUGUAAGAGUUACACUCUUUGCAUUUUUCUUAAGUGUUGUUAAAUUGUGCUUCAUAUUGCUUGGGGAUCUUGUUAGUCAAUUUCCUUUCUUGCACUAUUUUCAAGAAAGAUAAUCUUUUCAAAAAUAGUUAAUUUGAUUGCAUUACUGAUGUAUUGAACUUUAAACUCAAUGUUAUUGGAUGUCGUGGAGAUAGAGAGAUUGUUCCCGAAAGAUUGUAAGGUUUGUUUGAUUGGGAACAUGUAUCAUGUGAUUAAUUAUCUUGGGAUGAGUUAUUCCACCAUGUAUAUUGGAUAAGUUAUCCCAUCAGUAUGUCAAAAAUGGUGGGGAUAAAUAAUCCAAGGACUACCUAAUACCUCCAACCAGACGUGGGAUAAAAUAAUCCUACAUUUUAUUCUGGGAUUAUUAUAGCUAAUACCUCACACCAAACGACUCUGUAGUGUCUUUAAUGAAGGGCAAAAAAGUUCAAUAAACAUUUCUAAGUACCUUCGUGCUUUUAAUAUGAUAUAGAUAAAGAUUGUGAAAUAAGGUAAAACUUGAUGAAAUAAAAUUUGUAAUGAUGAUGUUUGUAGAUAAUAUUGAUUUAAAAUUCACUUAUAUAAGCGGAUCACAUCUUCUCGUAAAUGAAAUAAUUUAUCAGCAUUUUAAGUAGGUGUCUUAAUUCUAAAUUGUUUUAUCUUUUUACAAUUUGUAUUUAACUUUUUGCACCAAAAGAGUUGAUGAAUAAUGCUUGCUUAAAGGGAAAAACUGUCGUUCAACUUUUGAUGGUUGUUUUCGUCUUUCAACUUUUACCUUUGAGGCUUCCCACUUAUAGAAUAAUAUAGUAUAGUAUAUAUGAUUAUAUGAUAUAGAUAUAAAUAUAUAAUAGAGGGAUCAUAAACACAAUUCUGCAAUAGCAUAAGUGCUAAAUUUGCUAUUUCCCCAAACUUGGAGCUUUCACUAUAAGAAGGGAAAAACAUUAAACCUAGUCUCCAACUUCAAGAGUUAUAGUUGCUGCAACUCAAAUGGAAUCCAGAGGCGAUGAAGUCAUCCCUCGACACCCAAAACGGAGCAAACCCACAAAUCCUGCCCAUUUUUCGUCCAUUUUAAGCCAAGAUUCAGUCUUGCCAAUGCCUAACCUUCCUACAGAACUCAUCCUAGAAAUCUUGUUAAAGCUUCCGGUGAAAUCCCUAUUGCAAUUUAGAUCUGUUUCGAAAUCUUGGCUUUCCUUAAUCUCUAACCCUGAAUUUGUGAAGGCUCAUCUCUCUUUAUCCGCUAGUAACAAGAACUACACCCACCAUGGAGUUAUGGUUAAGGUUUCUACUAAAUCUGUCUUCGUUGUUAAGGAUUGUUCUCUUAGGUCUUUGCUUUACCAUCCUGUAACGGAGGCAUUUGACUUGGAUUAUCCCGGUAAAAGUCCCAAUCAUUAUCUUUGGUUUGUGGGUGUUGUCAAUGGAUUGAUUUGUUUUUCCAUCCGUCUAUUUGACGGAUUGUACGACUUGUUUCUAUGGAAUCCAUCAAUUAGAAAGUAUAAGAAAUUGCCUAAUUUUAGACUUGAUGUAAGUCGCCGUUACUAUUUGGAUGGACAUGUUAAUUUCAAAUUUGGUUUUGCAUACAAUGAGUUGCAAGAUGAUUACAAGGUAGUGGGUAUUUUUCCUAUUUAUACAAGGGGACACUUGAGUCGUGUUGAGGUCAAAAUAUAUAGUCUUAAGAGGGAUUCUUGGAGAUGCAUUGAUGAUUUUCGACGUCAAGAGCGCUUGGCUGGUUCUGCUAAGUUUGUCAAUGAGAAACUUCAUUGGCUUGACAAGCAAUGGAACAUCAUUUCUAUUGAUUUGGCUGAUGAGAAAUGGGCAGAGCUAGAGCGACCAUCCUGUUUUAAACAAUAUGUAUUUUUGAAGCUAGGAGUGUUAGGGGGUGAUCUUUCUGCAUCUUUUAUUUAUGCAUCGAGUCAUGCAGAUGUCUGGGUUAUGAAGGAAUAUGGGGUAAAAGAAUCUUGGACUAAGAUAUUUACCACCAAGUCUCCUGGUUAUCCUAUGGCACAUCCAUUGCAUCCAACCAUUUUAACGUCAAAUGAAGGUGAACUUUUGUGUCUGUUUGGAGGUCGCUUGAUGAAAUACAAUACAAAGGAUAACAUGAUCAGCUAUCUAGAUGUUACCAACUUUGGUCCAUGUCUUGAGGCAGAAAUCUAUGUUGAGAGCCUAAUUUGUCCCUUUUCACAGCAGGGAUAACGAAUGCCACAACAACGGAGGCUGAAAUUAUUCAGAUGAAGACAAUUGUGUGACUAAUAACCUUAAUAUUGAUGAAAACAAGUGUCCAUUAGAAGGUGAACUCACUGAAGCCAAGCAUGCAAAUAUACAAUCAAACAAGUCCUUAAGAAAAAGUUAUGUCAAGAGUUUGACACACAUGCAUUGACUUAUAGUGGUUUCUAUUUGUUGAUUUGCAUCCCAUGCGAGCCAUUAGAUUGAGGAACCAAGGGAGAUAAGGCGCAGGCCACGACAACUUAGAUGUAUUAUAGUGGAACUGUAUGAAGCAAAUAAAAAUAGGUCGAAAUGUGUGCAUGUGGAAAUUCUUGCAAGCUAAGGGGAAUUGUUUGUGUAAACCUCCUAGCAGAACUAUUUGCUUGUGACUUGUUCUUGGCUUUUGCUGUUUUGGUAUUAAUUAACUUUAUUUGAAAGUGCAAAGAAAAUUGUAUUAGAAGUGCUUGAGUAGUUGAAUUGGUAUUUUGAGAUAAGAUACUUGGAGUUGGUUUAUUUGAAUGACUAAAUUUGUUUGAGUGCUUGA